CCAUCUUCUUGCAGGAUUUAAGAAAGGCCUCGUUUUGAGCUACUCUCGCCAUUGUCUUCGUUCUUACACUCUCUGCAAGUACUGCAUAGCCAUGAAUUACAGGUUCCAGAAUCUCCUCGGAGCUCCUUACAGAGGCGGCAACGCUUUAGUAGUGAACAAUAGUCUUCUUAUCUCCCCUAUCGGUAACCGUGUUGCCGUCACUGACCUCAUCAAAUCCGAAACUAUUACAUUGCCUUCACAGUCCUCCACCAAUCUCCGCCGCAUCGCCGCCUCUCCUGAUGGCGUAUUCCUCCUCGCUAUCGACGAAAACAACCGUUGCCUCUUUAUCAACCUCCUCCGCCGCGCCGUCCUCCAUCGCAUCACCUUCAAGCAUCCUGUGGCGGCUGCCAAGUUUAGCCCCGAUGGACAACUUAUUGCGGUUGCCGCCGGUAAGCUCCUGCAAAUUUGGCGCUCACCUGGUUUUAGAAAAGAGUUCUUUCCGUUUGAGUUGAUCAGGACGUUUACUGAUUGUAAUGAUAGAAUUACGUCACUAGAUUGGAGCCCAGAUUCUGGUUAUGUGUUGGCGGGGUCUAAAGACCUAACUGCUAGGCUUUUUUGUUUGAAAAAAUCAACUAAAUAUAUCAAGCCGUUUCUAUUUUUAGGCCAUAGGGAUGUGAUUGUAGGUGCUUUCUUUGGAACUGAUAAGAAAACUAAUAAGGUUUGUAGAGUUUAUACCAUAUCCCGAGAUGGUGCCAUUUUUAGCUGGGGAUAUAGUGAAAUGGAUGGAAAUUUUGAUGAACCAUCACUUGCUUCAGAGCCAGAAUCACCAGGUACACCAGAGCAAGGGCAAGGGAACAAUGCAGAAGGUGAUAGUGAUAGCAGGGUCAAAAAAAGAAAGAACUUUGAUGGGAAAGAUGAUACAUUGGACCUAGAUGAUAGGUUUCAGUUGCACAAACUGAAAUGGGAGUUGAUAAAGAAAGACUUCUUCAUGCAAGCACCAGCAAAGUUAACAGCUUGUGAUUAUCAUAGGGGUCUUGAUAUGGCUGUAGUUGGUUUUUCUAAUGGCAUUUUUGGGCUUUAUCAAAUGCCUGAUUUUGUGUGCAUUCACUUGUUGUCCAUCUCGAGAGAGAAGAUAACUACGGCUGUUUUUAAUGAUCUUGGGAAUUGGUUGACAUUCGGAUGUGCAAGGCUUGGACAGUUGCUUGUAUGGGAGUGGAAGUCAGAGAGUUACAUACUGAAGCAACAGGGACACUAUUUUGAUGUAAACUGCCUUGCAUAUUCACCAGAUUCUCAGCUCGUUGCCACAGGAGCAGAUGACAACAAAAUUAAGGUCUGGACUGUUUCAUCCGGUUUCUGCUUUGUAACAUUCUCCGAGCACACAAAUGCAGUUACAGCACUCCAUUUCAUGCCUGGCAACCACUGUCUCUUAAGCGCCUCUUUGGAUGGGACAGUUCGUGCAUGGGAUCUCUUGAGAUAUAGAAACUUUAAAACUUUUACUACCCCUACAUCUAAGCAAUUUGUUUCUUUAGCAGCUGAUCAGAGUGGUGAAGUGAUAUGUGCCGGAACCCUUGACUCAUUUGAGAUUUUCGUCUGGUCAAUGAAGACGGGCAGAUUGCUAGACAUUCUUAGCGGUCACGAGGGUCCUGUUCAUGGGCUAGUAUUUUCUCCGACUAAUGCUACUUUGGCUUCCUCAUCAUGGGACAAAACUGUCCGCUUGUGGGAUGUUUUUGAUGGAAAAGGAGCAGUUGAAACAUUUCCUCACACUCAUGAUGUCCUCACGGUUGUUUAUCGUCCUGAUGGCAAGCAGCUGGCAUGUAGCACCCUGGAUGGACAUAUUCAUUUCUGGGAUCCAAUUGAGGGUCUGCUGAUGUACACAAUUGAAGGCCGUAGGGAUAUUGCAGGUGGACGUCUCAUGACUGAUCGUCGAUCAGCAGCUAACUCGACAUCUGGGAAGUGCUUCACAACUUUGUGUUAUUCCGCUGAUGGGAGCUAUAUAUUAGCUGGUGGAAAUAGUAAAUAUAUUUGUAUGUAUGAUGUUGCUGAUCAGGUGUUGCUGCGUCGCUUCCAGAUAACCCACAAUCUUUCCUUGGAUGGGGUGCUGGAUGUUUUGAACUCUAAAAACAUGACAGAGAGUGGUCCACUCAAUCUGAUUGAUGAUGAUAAUAGUGACACUGAAGAAGGUGUUGAUAAGCAAGUGAGAAAUAAAUUGGCAUAUGACUUGCCCGGGUCAAUGCCCAACCAUGGAAGAGCAGUUAUUCGAACAAAAUGCUUGAGAAUUGCCCCGACUGGCAGGAGUUGGGCAGCUGCAACUACAGAAGGGGUCUUGAUUUAUUCUAUGGAUGAGUCUUUUAUCUUUGACCCGACUGAUCUAGACAUAGAUCUUACACCAGAAGCUGUUGAUGCAGCACUAAAGGAAAAUCAGACUAGUCGAGCAGUGAUUCUUAGUCUACGUUUAAAUGAAGAUAGUUUGAUUAAGAAGUGCAUUAUUGGUGUCAGUCCUGCAGAUAUACCAGCUGUAGCAUCCUCAGUCCCUGUUAAAUAUAUUCAGAGAUUAGUUGAGGCAUUAGCAUCUCUGCUGGAGAACUGCCCACACAUGGAGUUUAUCCUCAGAUGGUGUCAGGAACUUUGCAAAAUCCACGGCAAUUCUAUUCAGCAGAAAUCCAGAAGCUUGCUUCCUGCUCUAAAAUCCUUACAGAAGGCAAUUACCAGGUUGCAUCAAGAUUUGGCUGAUACAUGCAACUCUAAUGAAUAUAUGCUCCGAUAUUUGUGUUCUGCAAGUGAUGCAAAGUGACAGUUCUCUUUGCGUUGUUGCUCUUUGUUGUUUGGCCAAUCUCGAUGCUUCCUGAAUCUUUCUGUUGGUGUCAUUGAAACCACUGUGAACAUGUUCUAGUGACGUAUUGCAGGACUACGUUGGAAAUCUGGUUGUAACAAUUUGAUUAUGCUUCCCAGAGUUAAGUGACGUGAAGACAACCAGUUCCACACUAUUGUCUUAUACCGGAGACAGAUGCAUGUAUCUGGGUGGGAGAAUAAUUGAGGCUCACAAUUCAUCCACUAUUGCAAAAUCAAGCUUCAGACAAUGAUGCUUACUCAACCGUGAACCGUUCAUUGGACCUACAUGGUAAGCACAUUAAUU